AAAAACUAGAAAAAAAAAAUAGAAACGACAAAUAUAAUUCCAAUAGUAAAUAAACAAAUUGCUUAACUGUGAAUCGCUGAAGACUCUUAACGGUAUUCGGCCAUAUAAACAAAGCACAAUUGAAGCGAUUGUCGAUGAAUGGCUGCUUGAAGAGUCGGCUGGCACUCUAAAGGUGCCGCAAGGUGGCAAACCAUUUAAGGUGACAAGUUAAUUAAAAAUACACAGAAUAUAUAUAUAUAUAUAUUAUAAAGCAACGCAAGUGAAAAGUGAGAGUCCGAGCGAGUGAGAGAAAUUAUAGCAGAGACCAAGACCCAGACCCAGACGCAGACCCAACUCGAGACCGGGCCGGAGACUCAUACCUAAACGAGGCGCGCUCAGCUUUAAAACUGAAUCCAAAAACCAAAAUCAAAAGCAACAAAAAUACUGGUUUUGAGAGAGCGCGCGCGCGCUCAAGAAAAAUACCAACGAUAUAAAGACAAAAACAAUUCAGACAUACAUUAAACUGUCAAUCCAUAGAGGCGACUCGCCCCCUCCAGAGGCCCCUAUGCGCACCGGCCCCCACUGCCCCCUCGGCACCCGCCCCUGACUUUGACUGUGGCUUGGCGGCGCGGCUGUUGUUGCUGUUGCCGUUGCUGGCGCUGGUUUGCCACUUAGCAUGCGCAUGCGCUACCGUUUUCUUGGCCAGUUGUAUUUUAGCCAUUAGCACGUUCGGAGCUGGAGUUAGACACUGGCUCCAAGUAUAUUUAUAGCUGAAACUAAAAGUGAAUUAAACGGUGCCUCAAGACUCACGCACAGCGAGACUUUAUGGCGACUUGGUGAAUUUGUAAUUGUGAAAGCGAAAGUUGCGUGCAAAAAGUGGAGUUUCAUAUAAAACGCACAUACAUAUAUGAAUAUAUGCCUAAAAGCUGAACAAACGACUCGAUAUACAAAUAAAGCGCGCGAAAUCAAGAAAAACAACAACCACAACAACAACAACUAAGAGAAUAACAACGACCGAUACAAGAGCAGCCGUCACAACAACCUUCAAGAAUUCCUCUUCAAGAGAGUAAAGCUUCAGCAUGCCCGCAGCCAGUUCUCAUUCGCGGCUCUUCUUCUACCUGCUGUGCGUCGCCUCACUGUUGGCUGUAUCAAAAUCGGAUACCGGUAGUACAAAGAACUCAUACUUUAUGUCGUAUUUCUAUUAUCUGGUUGUUAACUUUAUCAAUCCGUUUGCAAUGCCCAUCUUUUAUCGCUUCGUACACGUACUGCCGCUGCAGCCACCUGCCGAGGAUUUGGCCUACGAUGCGGCCUUACAGUUGGGCGUAUUGACGCACCGGCUCAAUCAGUUGGCCCACGAGGAGGAGUCGAGGCAGUUGGGCAUCACAAAUCUGACGCUCAACAACCUGGUUAGUCGUAUACCCUGUAACUGCGACACUGGCCUCUGCAAGUGCUGUGCAGGCUUUCUCUCGGUGAUUGGCAUGAACAGCUGCACAGAGGUCGUCUAUCGGCCGGAUGAGUUCUCCUUUGAGCUGCGCAUGCGCGUUAACAAUAACAUCUGGUUCCGCCGCAAGGUCUCCGGGCAGAAUCCGCCGCCCUUUUGCUUCAGGCCACCGCGCUUCAACUUUGCGCGCGCCUGCAUUCAGUUCCAUGAUAUCUGGUUCGUUGGCCGCAACAUGCAUGUCUGCAUGUACAUGUCCGGCGAGUUUCAGGGCUUUGAGCUCUUCGAACGCAACUUUGACUGCUUGCUCUUUGGGGAUCAUGGCGUAAAAAUCGUGCCGCCCGAGCAGGGCUAUCCAGUGAGACCCAACGAUGUGGACAUAGAUGAUGCAGAGGAUGAGAUCGAGGACUACGAUGAGAACGUUGUACGCAGCUUGGCGGAAAAGAUGAUGAGUUGAUUGUUGCAUACCCC